UUUACAGAAGCGCGGCGCUGGAUGGUGCACCAUGUGAGCGGCUCCACAAAAGCUUGCAGCAGAGUCAGCAGUGCAGUUCUGUGUGACCAGGCCUAUUUGCAGGAGGAGCGAUGCCUCUGUUCAGCUGGAUGAAGUGGUUUCCGACUCAGGCUCUAAACAGAACCGAGGUCGCGCCGGGCCAGAUGUUGCUCACAGAGCUCCUGUGGCACGUGGAGGAACGAGAACGCCUGGCGAGACAACUGGAGCGGGAGAGCAGGCUGGCCCACGGCGCCCUGGGUCUCCGCUGGUUUCAGAGACACCCCAGGCUGCGGACCCUCGUCUCGUCGCCGGAGCUGCACCAGCUGGAGUUCCUCUGCUCCCAGGUUCCACACGUCCACACGGCCGCCGUCGUCUCCAGGUUCCGUGAGGUGCUCGCCACCAACGACGUGCGGCCCUGGGAGCUGGCGUCCGUCUUCAAGCACGUUCUGAUAGACUUCCUCAACCAAAGAGAAUAUAUGGAAGAAGACGGACCGUCGACGGAGGUUUGGAGCAGCCGGUGCCAGAAGCAGGGCUUCGUCACUCCCAUAAUGCCCCAGGGCGGGGGUCAUCACAGGGAGGAGAUCCCAACCGUCUCCGGAUACGUGGAUCGGGUCACGCGGCACUCGGGUUCCUUCGCUUCCAGCAGGGUCUGGGAUCUUCCGUAUUACUACCCGGGGCCUCUAAGACCCAAAGGGGAGAGUACGACGCUGUAAGAAGAUGCCACCCUUCCCAGCUUUGACCUUACCACUAGUAAAUAGAUACUCCCACAUCCUCGCCGGGGAAACUAACUUGCAUUUACAACAUUACUGGGUAACAAAAUGUGAAAAUAUCCUGUGAAAUAAGGUCCUCAAACGACAAAUAAAAACCCACUAAUAUGGAUUUGUUUAGUGCCAGGUGGCUGUAGCGAUCCUGUAGUAAUUUAGGAGGACUCCAUAAAGACUGCAUAGGAUCCUAAUGUGUGAGAUAUUUCCGAAUUUUUAUACGGUAAGAAAUACAAAAACAUGAAACCAUUUUCCUCUGAAUGGUUUUUAAAUCUCCAGUGACUCCUUUUGGUGAUCCAAUGUAUGAAAAUAGUAAAAAAAAAACAUUUUGUUAAAGCUGUCAUGUCUGUGUAGCUGCUCUGUGUAACACCAUUUUAAAUUCCAUGUUAACAUUUUAUGUACCUUAUACAUUUCAAAUUACGAAAAUAGAGCCAAUAAAAACAAAUGUUUAAAAGUUC